GCUGCCGAGGGCGCCAGCGCGGCCCCGGGGAGCGCGAGGAGCCAGCGAGCGCGCGGCCUGCCGUUGGCGGCCUGGUCCGCUGCGCUCGGCGCCCAUCCGCCCCGGAGUCAGGGCCUCAGCCCGCGGGAAGAUGGUGUCCUGGAUAAUUUCCCGAGCCGUGGUACUGGUGUUUGGAAUGCUUUAUCCUGCAUAUUAUUCAUACAAAACUGUGAAAACAAAAAACGUGAAGGAGUAUGUUCGAUGGAUGAUGUACUGGAUUGUUUUUGCCCUCUACACUGUGAUUGAAACAAUAGCAGAUCAAACAGUUGCUUGGUUUCCUUUGUACUAUGAACUGAAGAUUGCUUUUGUCAUAUGGCUGCUCUCUCCCUAUACCAAAGGAGCAAGUUUGAUAUAUAGAAAAUUCCUUCAUCCACUUCUUUCUUCAAAGGAAAGGGAGAUUGAUGAUUAUAUUGUACAAGCAAAGGAACGGGGCUAUGAGACCAUGGUGAAUUUUGGACGGCAAGGUCUAAACCUAGCAGCUACUGCAGCUGUCACUGCAGCGGUGAAGAGCCAAGGAGCCAUAACUGAACGUUUAAGAAGUUUCAGUAUGCAUGAUUUAACAGCUAUACAAGGUGAUGAGCCUGUGGGACAAAGACCAUAUCAGCCUUUACCAGAAGCAAAAAAGAAAAGCAAACCAACCCCCAGUGAAUCAGCAGCUUAUGGAAUUCCACUAAAAGAUGGAGGUGAAAAAACAGAUGAAGAAGCGGAUGGGCCAUAUUCAGAUGAUGAGAUGUUAACACACAAAGGGCUUCGGAGAUCACAAAGCAUGAAAUCUGUGAAAACCAUCAAAGGCCGCAAGGAGGUGCGGUAUGGUUCACUAAAAUAUAAAGUGAAGAAGAGACCACAGGUGUAUUUUUAGUCAUCUAUACUUCAGAUAUCCUAAAUAAUGCUAAUAGAUCAACUUCAUUUUCUAAUAUGAUAUAUUCAGGAUUUACAUAUUAAAAUAGUUCUU